UACUUUUGAAUCGCUCACCCAGCGCGCUGUUGUUCCCAAAACAUCACGAAAAAGUAUGGCCCCUCUGAAUAUGGUGUUCGGUUCGGUAUUGCGGAAAAACAUUAUCUUUAAUAAUGCAGAAGUUUUGUACAAACGGGUAAAUCUCGUGAAUGCGUACAGCAUGUAUGGCCCACAGUUUGUAGAGCCUGUUUACAAGAAAGAUAAACAAGAAUCGAUGUAUGAGUCCGGUGAAAUAGAAAAUAUAUUGCAUGUACCAGUUAAGGCAGCACGUGUUGAUGCCACAUGCUCAGUUUUCCAUGAUGAGCUUGUCAGGAAAUUCACAAACCUUGUGAUGAGGGAUGGAAGGAAAAUUCUGGCACGGGAACUGAUUGAAGAGGCUUUUGAGAAAAUUAAGAGAAUCCAGUUGCAGCGGUAUCAUAGUACAGAGGACCCCGAGAAGAAAACCUCUGUUCUGACAGAUCCACUGAAGAUUUUUCAUGCUGCCUUAGCAAACAGUAAACCUGUACUUCAGUUGACACCCAUCAAGCGUGGUGGAGUCACAUACCAGGUUCCUGUCCCUAUAACAGACAAAAGAUCACAGUUCCUGGCAAUGAAAUGGAUAAUUCUGGCUGCAAAGGAUAAGGAUCCCAAAGUGCACUUCCCUGAGAAACUUGCAUGGGAACUGGUAGAUGCUGCAGGUAAUCAGGGAAAAGUGGUCAAGAAGAAGCAGGACUUGCACCGCCAGUGCGAAGCGAACCGAGCCUAUGCACAUUACAGAUGGAGUUGAGAUGCUUCAUAAUUACUAUAAGUUGUGAUCAUGUCAUCAAAUAAAAUAAAAAGUUACAAUACAUACAUAAAUGCUUUUGUGUUUA